GGAAUUGCGAAGCGGGCUGUCAAGAAGGAGGAUUUAUUUGUGUCCAAACAGGCAACCCGGAACAGAGAGCCUGCUGUCAGGGUUCUGCAUACGAAACCCGCAAAACUUAGAAAACAGUUAAAAUGGACCCGGAAGUUGACGUUGAGCAAAUAGAUGAUGACAGCACUCCAGCUGAAACAUCAGCUCCUGCCCCGAGGAUGGCCAGACAGCAGAUUCUCACCUUAAUAUCAAUGGCAUCUGUUAACUUUAGUUCAAUGAUCUGCUAUUCUAUAUUAGGGCCCUUCUUCCCCAAUGAGGCAUUGAAGAAGGGAGCCAGUCAGGAAGUCGUCGGCCUCAUAUUCGGCUGCUACGCCGUCUGCAAUUUAAUUGGCUCGUUGGUCAUGGGAAAAUAUAUCGUCGAGAUCGGUGCAAAGUUCAUGCUGGUGGGGGGGCUGUUUGUGUCUGCAGGCUGCACCAUCAUGUUCGGGUUACUCGACCGCGUCCCCUCGGGCGCCACGUUCAUCAGCCUGUGCUUCGUGGUGCGCUCCGUGGACGCGCUGGGCUUCGCCGCCGCCAUAACCUCCACGUUCGCCAUGACGGCCAGGAUAUUUCCAAACAAUGUGGCGACUGUUUUGGGCAGCCUGGAGGUCUUCACAGGACUGGGUCUCAUCCUGGGCCCGCCGCUAGGGGGCUGGUUCUACCAGUCGUUUGGAUACGAGGUCCCGUUCAUGCUUCUCGGAGGUCUCCUCCUGGUUAUGGUUCCCUUCAACAUAUACGUCUUGCCGAGCAUCGAAGCCGACCCUUCGAAGGAUUCCUUCUUCUCGCUCCUCACCAAUGGGAAGAUCGUCCUGACCUGCUACGCCAUCUUCACUCUGAGCGCCGGUCUGGGCUUCCUGGACGCCACGUUGUCCCUGUUCGCCAUUGCUAAGUUUGGGCUCUCAGUCGGCCACGUGGGACUCAUCCUCCUGGGCUUUUCGUUGCCGUACUGCCUGGUGUCGCCGCUCAUUGGGUUCAUCACCGAUAAAUAUCCUUCCACCAGGUGUUGGUUUGUUGUGUUGGGAGGUAUCGCCACAGCGUUUGGCUUCUUCAUGCUUGGCCCCGCCCCUUUCCUUCACAUCCCCAGUCCGCUGUGGCUGCUGGUCCUCAUGCUCGGUGUGGUGGGCCUCUCUCUGGCCAUCAGUGUGAUCCCCAUGCUCCCCGAGAUCAUCACGUGUGCAUAUGAAAAAGGAUACGAAGAGGGGCUCGGCACUCUGGGGAUGGUGUCCGGACUGUUCGGGGCGUUUUGGUCCUUGGGGAUGUUUUACGGCCCGACGGUGGGCGGCCUCAUCACGCAGCACCUCAGCUUCGAGUGGGCGGCGGCGGUCCAGGGAGGCUUGUCGCUUUUGGGUGCCUUCCUCCUCGCUGUGUACUACGUGUGUCACCCUCAACAACAACAACAAAGCGUUGGAGGAGACGGUCGAGCAGCGGAUGAACGGACUCGUCUGCUGGCCGAGUGAAAAGCG